CGGAAGUGGAAGAUGGGCCGUACUGUAUCCGGAAGUCUUGCGAAUCAUACAUACUGUUCUUUGUUGGACUGUUGGAUCGGUCUCUCUGGAUGGUUUCUCAUGGCAAUCUAUGUAUACAUCUGUAUCACAUGGGGUCUGUUGACAGGUGCUGUGCAUGCUGCAGGGGAAACGGGCGUCAGAGUGACGGAUACGGAAUACAGAAGUGACGAAAAUCACAGAGACUUUGGGCUAUCGACCAACAGGCUACCCAUGCGCAUCUGGACUCUUCCCCCUUAUGGUAUUCCCAAUCAAAGUAUCCGUGGUAAUUAUCUCAUCGUCUCACGCGCCCCGGCUCGUUCCCAAUACAAGGGCACUCAUACGCAAACAAAGCGCCGACGAAACCAACAAUGUGCAAAAAAAAACAACCUCGGCCAGGCGAGACGCUCGCUCGGGAAGUGGGAUAUCAAAAAAAAAAAUUUAGUCUUUCCUCACGACGCGCCCGUUGGAACUUGGGGUUUUUUUGUGUGGGCAUGUUUCGUCGUCGUUGGAUGUUGGCUUACCUACAUGCGCCGCUGGCAUACGCGCACGCACGGGGGUGGAGCUGUGGGAGCUUCGAGGACAGACAGGGUUGCAUGGGGGGACUCGUUAAGCUGUUAGGCAGGCCGCAGGGCCUGGGUUGGUGAGGUGUGGUUGGAUCGGCAGGCAGCAGAGAAGAUUGUGUGGGUAAUGCGACGUAGCGGGUGGGGGGGAAGGAAGCCUUGGGGAAUUGAACUUUUGGGACAUGGGAUGGCAUGGAGAGGAGAGGAGAGUUGGGGUGUUGCUCACGAACUUUCGUUAUAGACGAAGCGUGCUCUCGAAACCGGAUGACAUUUCUCGUUUUGAAAUGGGAUGGAUCUUGACCAGCGAACAGCAUCUCAAGUAAGCCUCGGGGCUUGAUUCUUAACAACAAAAGACCGUGCGGGGGGGAUCGAAGUCAGACCGUCAGGGUACGGAUAGGGAGGGGAGCGAAAAGCCUGAAGAGG